GGUAUUAAAGCAAACAGUACAGGCAGUAGAAAACCAAGGAGCACCUCAGACUUCUUAGGCAAAGGAGACCAAGAGGCAAAGAGUUAAAAAUUGAAUCCAAGUUGUUUCUCAAUACGUGGUGGAACAACUCUCUGCAUAUAGAAAGAAGCAGCUGAACCAUGAAAUUAAUUACCAUUCUUUUCUUCUGCUCCAGUUUUCUGCCAACUUUAUCCCAGGAAUAUAUCUUAGAGGAAAUUGACUGCAAUGACCAGCAUGCAUUUUUGGCUGGUGGAUGCUGGCUCUGAAGGUCAUAUAAUGAUAAAAGUAAAAGUGGCAACCAGUUUGUACUGCACCGCAUAACUCAGGUCAACAAGACGAAUGAAGAUAAGUCAUAUUUUUUAAUCUUCAAUUACAACAUCAAAGAAGGUAACUGUCCUGUUCAAAAUGGCAAAACCUGGCAGGAGUGUGACUAUAAGGAAACACCAGAUGCUGUAAGUAUAGCAUGCACAGCCACCGUGAGAGAAAGAAGCGAUGAUGAAUUCACAGUAGUUUCCCAGUCCUGCCGGAUUACUCCAUGUGCUCAAGAGCCUCCAGUGCAGAACCCAACAAGCUCCAAGGAAAGUGUAGGAGAGGGCCCCGUGAUAACUCAUGAAUAUCAGUGCCGUGGUUGCAUGCACCCCAUCUCACCAGAGGACCCUGACCUGGAGCAGAUCCUGAGACACAACAUUCAAUAUUUUAACAACCACAGUUCUCAUUCCCACCUCUUCACUCAUACAAAAAUCCUAAGUGCCCAGAGACAGGUGGUUGCUGGAUGGAACUACAACAUUACUUAUUUAAUCAAGGAGACUAAUUGUUCCAAGACAAAUUUUCUAUUCUUAACUCCAGACUGUCAACCCCAUUCGAAUGGUGAUUUAGGUGAAUGUAAAAGUGAAAUAUACGUGAACAUUGAGCAGCGUAUUAUCCCCACCUCUCAGAAGUGCCACAUUUUUCCAGAGAAACCUCUACCACCACCUCACAGAAUGUGUGUCGGGUGCCCCAAAGAGAUACCUCUUGACACUCCUGAGCUGAAGGAAGCUCUGGAUCAUUCUAUUAAGAAAUUUAAUGCAGAAAAUACGGAACCAUUCUAUUUCAAGGUUGAUGAAGUGAUAACAGCAAAAUCCCAGGUAGUUGCUGGGAUGAAGUAUUUUAUACAAUUCAGUGCCAGACAAACCACAUGUUCCAAGGAGAGUGAUAUAGAAUUGAUCGAAAAUUGUGCAGCAAGUGAGCCCGAGAGAAUUCUACAUUGUGACGCUGAAGUGGUUGUAGUACCUUGGGAGAAAAAAGUUUACCCGACUGUCAAUUGUGGCUCAUUAGGGAGGAUGAUGUUGCGUGGUUUCUCGAAAAGGCCUCCAGGUUUUUCACCCUUUCGAUCAGCAAUAAAUCCGAAUUCAGAAGAAAAACCAAUCGUAAGUCUACCCCAUACUUCCAUUAUACCUGUGCAAGAUGAAGAAGGAUAUUCAGGAAAAGAACAAAGACCCAAUAAAGGACAUGGUCGGGGCCAUAAAAAGCACAUAAAAUAUGACCUUGGUCAUAAACAUGAGCAUGACCAAAGUGAUGGGCAUAUGGGAUAUGUCUUUGGCCGUGGACAUCAAAAGCAGCAUGGCCUUAACCAUGGACAUCAACAGCCACAUGGCCUUGAUCAGGGACAGCAACAGGAAUUUGACUAUGAGUACCAAAGGAACCAUGGCCUGGGCCAUGGGCAUCAAGGAGGUCAUGGCUCAGCCCAUGGACAUAAACAUGGUCAUGGACAUGGAAAACAUAAAACUAAAGGCAAAAUCAAUAGAAAACACAAUGGUUGGCAAACAGAGCAUUUCACAAGCUCUUCUGAAGAUAGUACUAUAUCUUCUUUACAGAUAGAAAAGACAACAGAAGGGCCAACACCUAUCAUUCCCCUACCCCAGACAGAUAAAACAGUUAACAUUUUUGACUUUCAGGACUCAGAUCUCUUUGAAACUAGGCAGUCUGAUAUAACACCAACUCCCACACAGAAUGAUAAUGAUGAUGAUGACUGGAUCCCUAGCGUCCAGGUAGAACCACAUAGCCUUUCAUUCAACCUGAUAUCUGAUUUCCCAGAAAUAACAUCCCCCAAAUGUCCUGGACGGCCCUGGAAGACAGUUAGUGAAAUGAAUCCAGCCACAGAAAUACAAGAGUUUCAGGAUUUUGAUCUCGCUGAUGCUUUGGAUUAAUUUAUUCAGACAUAAGUAGUUCUUUAACUCCAUCAACCUCUUCCCGGUUGUCUAAUUUUCUUGAUAUGAUUAAUAUCAAGAUAUGAUAUUUGAUAUAAUAUAUGAUAUAUGAAAUCAUAUCUUGAUAUGAUAGAAAGCCUAUUAAACUUCAGAUAAACCAAGAGAGAAAUAGAGUGAUGCAGGCAUUAAGAGGUUUGCCUUCCAUGUGAAAGACCCAAGUUCAAUCCCAGGUACUGCAUCCCUUGAGCAUGUCCAGGAGUGAUUCCUGAGCAGAGAAACAGGAUUGAGUUGAGAGCACUUUCAAGUAUAGCCCAAAACUAAAAACAAUACAGAACAGCCUAGAGACAAGUAGAGAAAUCCUCAGUAGGGUUAUCACCAUUGUCUAUGGACAGCAUAAUAGUGAAUAGAAUUUUAAAUCCCUCUUGAGUCUUUCUCAUAACUAAAAAAUAUGUUCUUAAUUCUCACAAAAUUGAACAUAUGAAUGUGCUUCAUGACAUAUUUGCUUUCUGAUACUGUAUACCUUAAUACAGACACCCUCAAUUUUCAUACAAAGAUUCUUAGCACUGUGGAAAACUAGAACCUAGUUCCUAUAUGUAGGUUCCUGUAUGGAUGUAAAGGUCAAGAGGCUUGGAUACUAAGCUUCUU